AUGUCGAGCUCCUCAGAGCUGCAGCGCGACAGAGAGGCUCAGGGCUACCUCCAGAGCUGGCAGAUAGCCCAGGGCUCGUCGCUAAAGGUCGCUCGCAACCUCGACAACAUCGUGGCCUCGCACCCUGAAGCGGCGGGGGAAUUGCCGGGCCACACGCCUCAAGCCUCGUCCGACAAGGCCCUCAGCGCAUUCGCUCAGCUGGCGGUCCUGCGACUGAAUGCGCAGAACGUUCUGAUAUCGCUUAUCGAUGCCUCUACGCAGACUGUCCUCGCCGAGGCGACGCGCAACCUCAGCCUGGGGGAUCUGGAUGGCGGUGCCAAGAAUGACUUGUUUCUCGGAACCUCUGUCUUCUCGCGCAGCAUAGGACCCUGUGAGCACGUCCUGACCGAGACUUGCACCGCCCGCAACCCCGAUGGCGAGAUGUACACGACGGCCGGUAUGAUCGUCCCCGACUGUCGACUCGAUCCCCGCUUCCAGAUGCGACCGUUUGUACAGGCCGACGAUGGUCUAAGAUUUUACGCCGGAGUGCCAAUAUUUUCGAGAAAGGGACACAAGAUUGGCACCUACGCCGUGUGUAGUGACGAACCUCGCGAUGGACUAUCGAUCGAUGAUCUGCAAUUUAUACAGAAUGUGGCCCAGGCUGUCAUGGAGCAUUUGGAAUGGGCGCGCGAUCGUGUCGAUCGGUUCAAAGGAGAGCGGAUUGUGCGAGGAUUGGCCUGUUUUAUCGAGGGCUGCUCUGGUGAUGAUCCGACCUGCGCCAAGGACGAUCAAGCGACGGGCCCUUCUGUAGUUCGACCGCCAGCGAUAUCUAUCACGUCACCGAGACGGCCGCUUCUGAGGAGGAUUUCUUCCACCAAGAUUGAUGCUGGAUGUCCUUCACCUGGAGGCCAGCAGAAACGAGACCGGCUUACAAGGAUGUUUUUCAGGGCUGCAGACACUCUAAGGAGCUCAACGCUAGCUGAUGGUGUUGUCAUCUUUGGCGCGACAGCUUCCAGCGCCAGACAGAGGUGUCGCGGUGGUAAAACAAACGGCCUCUUGUCCGAUGAAGAUGAUCAAUCUCCACAUAUCACCUCUGGCUCUGACGGGUUUGGCAUCGAUAGUUCUGACUCCGACACAUCGCCAGCUGCCAGACCGUGCAAGAUACUCUCGUACUCACUUGCCGACGAGAAGGUGCACGCCGAGAUUGAGAAGGGACCAGCCCUCUCACUUGGGACUCUAGAAAAGUACUUUUCCCUGUUCCCCAAGGGAAAGACAUUUUCUUUUACCGACGAGGGUCUUGGAAUUUCUUCAGACGAUGAUAGUGCAAGUGAUCGAGAGCCGACGGCCAGCUCAGAAAACCCGGGCGAAAGAGGCAAACGACGACGAGGGGCAAAGAUGGACCACAAAGAGCUCCUCAAGAAGAUACCCGGGGCCAAGUCAGUCGUAUUCUUGCCUCUUUUCGACCACGUGGAAGACAAACUCGCCGGAGGUUGUUUUCUGUGGACUUCUGUCACUGGGCAGAUGAUGAAUCUCGACCAGGAUCUCUCGUACCUGCGUGCUUUUGGCAACAGCGUCAUGAGCGAAGUCGGAAGAAUCAACACCCAGAAGAACGAAGCCGCAAAGACGACGUUUAUUGCAAGCAUGAGUCACGAGCUGCGAAGUCCACUCCACGGAAUUCUCGGUGCUGCCGAGUUUCUAAAAGACACCAUCACGGAUUCUUACCAAGCUGGUCUGGUCAACUCUGUCUUGACGUGCGGAAAGACUCUGCUCGACACGUUGAACCAUGUUUUAGAUUACAGCAAGAUCAACACGCUUGGUCGUUCACAGAUGAGAAGAGGCGGCAAACACAGCAGACUUAUCAGUCUCUCCUCCGGCUCGCUGGAGAGUUUGAACAUGUCCGCCGCUGUGGACCUCUCGGUUCUGGUCGAGGAAGUGGUGAAUGCCAUUGCAACUGGUCACACUUUCAAGAGGCUUCCGGGGAUUUAUUCACCGACUGCAGAGGAACCCACGCUAGUUGAUCCACAGACUCUUAAGCAUCUCCACCCUUCAGACGACAAUGGCAGCCCGGUUUCUGUCUUGUUGGAUAUUUGCCCGCGGACCUCUUGGAUGGUCAGCACUCAACCGGGUGCUCUCCGCAGAGUCAUCAUGAAUCUGUUUGGCAAUGCCUUGAAGUACACGUCUUCCGGAUUCAUUCUCGUCUCCCUUCGGGGUCAAGAGACGGCAGAGAAGUCCAAAAUCGACGUCGUGAUAAAAGUGAUGGAUACCGGAAAAGGCAUGUCAGAAGAGUUUCAGCAAAACCGCCUCUUCGUCCCGUUCAGUCAAGAAGACUCGUUCCAACCUGGUACUGGACUGGGAUUGAGCAUCGUCAAGCAAAUCGUCGACUCACUCAAGGGAACCCUCGAAGUCAAAUCGCAGCAGCACAAAGGCACUGAAGUCGACGUUCGUCUUCGUCUCAUUCCGGCCCCUCCAAAUUCAUCACGGAAUCAGGACGAAACGGUGCGUGGUAUCGUUGACAAGACGAGAGGACGACGUCUAGUUCUCCUGGGCAGCGGUGAACGUAACUUGUCCCCCUCCAUGGCGCUACAAAUCCGAAUGCGAAACGAGACUCUCAUCGAGACCUGCACCAACUGGUUCGAGAUGGAGGUUGUGAAAGAAGAGGAUGCCGAUGUCGAUGCCUCGAAAGCCGAUAUUUAUCUGUACUGCGAACCACCUUCCAUCCAAACCUUGAAAGAUCGCUUCCAGAGUCCAAAUUCUAUCCCGUCUCGGAAUAGAAAGAUUCCCAUCGCGAUUGUCUGCGCAGGGGAAGAGGAAGCAGCUCAAAUAGCGAGGACACAAACCAAGGCUUUGGCUGAACUAUCCAAAAUCAUUGAAGUUGUCCCACAACCAUGUGGACCACGCAAGUUGGCUCAAGUCUUCAAGCGUUGCUUGCAAAGAAUUGAGGAGAUUGCUGAGAGCGAGAGUGCACAAGACAGUCUACCUCCACCUCAACAACCACCAAUAAAUGACGUCAAAGUAGAAACAGUGGAAGCAGCACCAGCGGAAUCAGCCCCAGAAGACGAAGAGGACCUUACUCCAGUCCCCUCAGAAACCGCCCUGCCAUUACCAUCUCCGACACCUCUGGAUCCAGAAACACCUUUGUUGGCAGAAGACGGCGGUCAACUGGAGCAAAACGAUGAGAAGCAAGACACAGAGUCAACUACGACACAUGUCUUGCUCGUCGACGACAACAAGAUCAACCUCCAACUCCUCGUAAUGUUUAUGAAGAAAUGCAAAUUCACCUACGAAGAAGCCGAAAACGGCCAAGAAGCACUCGACAAAUUCACUUCACGAAACCUAAACUCUAAAAAACGCUUCGACUACAUCCUCAUGGACAUUAGCAUGCCCGUGAUGAACGGUAUAGAAGCUACAAAGAGGAUACGGCAGGUGGAGCGCGAAAAUCAGAUACAGCCUACGACUGUUCUUGCGUUGACGGGGUUGGCUAGCGCUGAUGCUAGGAGGGAUGUUUUGUCUGCGGGUGUGGAUGUUUUCUUGCCAAAGCCGGUGCGGUUUGCGGAGUUGAAGAAGUUGCUUACGGAAGGGUAG